UUGAUUGAGCUGGGGGGGAGGGGGCGGGUUCCUGCGCACUGGAGCUGCCCGCUCCGUCCCUCCCUCCCUCGCUGCCAGGCGGGCAGCGGCAGGGAGGCAGGCAGGCGGCCGGCCGGAGCCAUGGCUCUGCCCGUGCGCCGCCGGCUGCCAGUGCUGUCGCUCCUGCUGCUGGAAGCCGGCGGGCUGCGGGCGGCGGAGCGGAGCAGCAGCGCCAUGGAGGAGAUCGCCACGGAGAAGGAGGCGGAGGAGAGCCACCGGCAGGACAGCGUGAGCCUCCUCACCUUCAUCCUGCUCCUCACGCUCACCAUCCUCACCAUCUGGCUCUUCAAGCACCGCCGCGUCCGCUUCCUCCACGAGACCGGCCUGGCUAUGAUCUACGGACUCAUUGUUGGGGUAAUUUUGAGAUAUGGAACUCCUUCUACCAGUGGCCGUGAUAAGCCGUUCAGCUGCUCACAAGAGAAUCGGCCAUUCACAACCCUGCUGGUCAAUGUCAGUGGAAAGUUCUUUGAAUAUACCCUCAAAGGGGAAAUAAGCCCUGGAAAGAUCCACAAUGUGGAGCAAAAUGACAUGUUGCGAAAGGUAACGUUCGAUCCAGAAGUUUUUUUCAACAUUCUGUUGCCUCCUAUUAUUUUUCAUGCUGGUUAUAGCCUGAAGAAGAGACACUUUUUCAGGAAUUUGGGCUCCAUUCUGGCUUAUGCCUUUUUAGGAACAGCAGUUUCUUGUUUUAUCAUUGGGAAUCUCAUGUAUGGUGUUGUGAAAUUAAUGAAGUUGGUGGGACAGCUAUCUGAUAAAUUCUACUAUACAGACUGCCUCCUUUUUGGAGCAAUAAUAUCUGCCACUGAUCCAGUUACUGUGCUUGCAAUAUUUAAUGAGCUACAUGCUGAUGUCGAUCUCUAUGCCCUUCUGUUUGGGGAGAGUGUGUUGAAUGAUGCUGUUGCCAUUGUGUUAUCUUCAUCUAUAGUUGCCUACCAGCCAACAGGUGAAAAUACCCAUGCUUUUGAUGCAGCAGCGUUUUUCAAAUCAGUUGGUGUUUUCCUGGGAAUAUUCAGUGGCUCUUUCAUGAUGGGAGCAGUGACAGGGGUUGUGACGGCUCUGGUGACCAAGUUUACCAAGUUGCACUGCUUCCCCCUGCUGGAAACAGCUCUCUUUUUCCUGAUGUCCUGGAGCACUUUCUUGCUAGCAGAAGCUUGCGGAUUUACUGGUGUAGUAGCUGUCCUCUUCUGUGGAAUUACCCAGGCACAUUAUACAUACAAUAACUUGUCAGUUGAAUCAAGAAGUCGCACUAAGCAGCUCUUUGAGGUAUUGCACUUCCUGGCUGAGAACUUCAUAUUUUCGUAUAUGGGUUUGGCGCUGUUUACUUUUCAGAAGCACAUAUUCAGCCCAGUUUUCAUCGUUGGAGCUUUUGUUGCAAUCUUUCUGGGCAGAGCUGCACACAUCUACCCUCUUUCCUUCUUACUGAAUCUGGGCAGAAGGCAUAAGAUCAGCUGGAGCUUUCAGCACAUGAUGAUGUUUUCAGGUCUCCGGGGAGCUAUGGCAUUUGCUCUGGCCAUACGAGAUACUGCUACUUACUCACAUCAAAUGAUGUUCUCAACGACUCUCCUUAUCGUCUUUUUCACCGUCUGGAUUGUUGGUGGAGGCACAACUCCCAUGCUUUCAUGGCUGAACAUCAGAGUUGGUGACCAUGUUCCAUCGGUGGAAGAGAUGAAUGAAAGCCGCUGGCUGUAUUUCAGAGUUGGAGUUGACCCAGAUCAGGAUCCUCCACCUACUAAUGACAGCUUUCAAGUCUUACAAGGAGAUGGCCCAGAUUCUGAAAGAAGGAACAGGAUGAAGCAGGAAAGUGCUUGGCUCUUCAGACUAUGGUAUAGCUUUGACCAUAAUUAUUUAAAGCCAAUUCUCACUCACAGUGGCCCUCCGCUAACCACAACUUUACCAAGCUGGUGUGGUCUGAUAGCUCGCUGUCUGACAAGUCCUCAGGUUUAUGAUAAUCAAGAACAACUUAGAGAAGAGGAUUCUGAUUUUAUUCUGAAUGACGGCGACCUUACCGUGACAUACGGUGAUACAACAAUAACUGCUAAUGGUUCUUCUGGCCCCCAUACAGCUACCACUAGCCUUGAUGGCAGGAGAACAAAAAGUAGUUCAGAGGAAGCGCUGGAACGUGAUUUGGGAGCAGCAGAUCAUGAAGUUACAAGCAGGGGCACCCGGCUAGUGUUUCCUCUGGAAGACAAUGCAUGAUUACUGACUCAGUAAAAACAACUCUUGCUCUGUGGAUGGAUCAAGGAAGACUGCAGGCCACUGUGUCACUUGAGGUGGGGAUGUUUAUUUAAACAAGUUAACACGUUUAAGUGGUUCUAUUAUGGUCUGAAGAUGUCAAACUUGACCUGUUUUUUUAAUCAAGACGUUAACAGUGGGGUUUUCUAAAUGUCUUGAAAAUAGACAAAUGUGGAAUCUGGUCAUUCCCCUCUCAAGCCACAUACCGAAUCUAAGUACACGUAGCAUGCUGCAAUUGUCUUGUUCAGGUGCAGCAGCAACUCUCUCUGGGAGGAGGUAUGUGAAAACCCUGUCACAGAACUGAGCUUGUCUUGGUUUAGCUUGGGAAUGCUGGAGAAGAAAUAUAAACAAGAUUAUUAUUAUGAGAUAAAAAGGGAUGUGUGCGUAUUAUCUGAGUGUGGAGAGAUGCACUGUUAAUUUCUCUAGUGAGCUUGAGGAAACUAGACAUAAAAUGGGACAGUAUGCUUUAGGACUACAGAGGCAUGAAUGUGACACUGUGGGGAAUCUGUUACUGCAAGCUACCCUUAAUGUAUUUCAGAGAAAAAAAAGGGAAAAUAGAUUUCUUCACUAGCCAUGUGUUCAAACAGGAAGGCAAUGAGAGCUGUUUGUCCCUUUAACUUUGGACAAUGUGACUAUUACUAUUAGCCUAACUUGUAGUGCCUCAAAGGAAAAGCAUCCAACUUCUUGUGGUCUAAUUCUUACCUGACCUGACACAAGCGUGCAGCCAGGCUGUUUUGGGUAGAAAUAAAGAGGCAAAACUUUCUCUUCCCUAAGGCUGUUAAAAUCAGAUGGAGACAGCUGGAAACUUGUCUUGGACUUGGGAGAAAACAGCUGAUGAUAAUUAUUAAAAACAAAAACAAAACAGUAUUGAACUUGCAUGAAACCAUAAGGUUUCGUAUUUCUCAGAACAAUACAUAGACUCUGCUUACAGUUUUUGUGUGAUAAACAGAAAACAUUUAAUUAAAAGGACAAACAAAUACUACUGACUUUACCAUUUGUGAUUAUUCUAAAAGAAAGGUGUUUAUUCUUGUCCUCUUUUGCAGAGUAGAUGUGAAACUUCAGUGGGGCACUGCACAAGAAUAUUUAAGCUGCAAAAGUGACAAAAUGUAGUAUCAUCUCAAAUGUGAAAAGAAAAAUAUCUUUGCCUAGUAUUUAGCCCAUUUAAAUGUAGGCUAGCUUUAACUUACUGCUAAAUGCUUUCUAAUUUCCAUAUCAGGAGAUAUCAUUGUCUUUGCCAAUAGCUGAAAACUGUUACGCUUUGAAUAGCAGUUCAGCUAUUUAAAGCAUGCUAAAAUGGGGUUUCAUUCUCAUGUCUCAAUGUUUUUUUAAUAGUUUUGUGGCCCACUAAUGUAAUGUAAUAUCAGUUUGUCAAAAAAGCGUGUUUUUCUUGCUGCCAUUUCAGUUGUUUCUCUCAUAAAAUUGUGUGUGAGUAAAUAUCCACUGUUUCUCCUUAACUAUUAAAUGUAAUAAUGGGAUAACUUGAGUAUCACAACUUACUGCUGCAGAGAAACAUUGCUGUCAUAUUGUCGAGUUUGCUUUCUUUCAAAUGUAUUUUCUAACGACAGUGAUCUACCUCCUUGUCUGUCCCUCCAAGGUAAUGUUUGAAAAGGAUAUUGAUCUGUAAUGACUGUCUAACCUAUAAAGAGACAACAAGAGA